UUGCCACUGACCGAGGAAGCAGACGCCGGCGUGCGUGGGGUGCUUCGGGGCAUUGUCGACAUGUGCGUCGAGGCAGCCGGUCGGCGGCACCAGCGGCAGCUGAAAAACGGACCCGGGCAGCUCAACACUCUCGGGUCCCUAUGGCAUUGCGUAGCUGCGCUGGCUUUGAGUGCCGCUGCCGUGGCCCACAGCGUGCGGCGCUUCCCGGAGUUGGCGGCUCUGUCUCCUCCUGUCGAGCUGCUGCACGCUUACGUCGCCCUGGUGGGCGUCGGCGUGCUGCUGCUACCGUUCGUGGCGGCCGCUGCGCUGGUACGCGUCGGCAACCUCGCCAACGACGGCCUGCGACUCGAAGGCGACCACGACGAUGAGGAGGAUGUCAAGAGGUCGUCGUCGCUGCCGAGGCUCUGUUGGCGACACGGUCCCCCGACCGCGGCCGCACUGCACGCCGCAUCGGCGCUGUGCCUGCUGUUGCCGCGGCUCAUCGCGAACGCUGCGUGCAUCGGUUACGGACUGCGGCCUACCGGUGACGUGUGGCGGACAGAGCUGGACGUGGUGAUGUCACCACGCGAGCGUCAGACGGCUUUCUUCCCUGAAAACCUGGCCGAGUCUCCGUCCGACGCCGAUCCGCCAUCAGUAGAGUUUAUCAACUAUGUCCUGGCGCUUGUGGUCUGCGCACUGCGCUAUCCCAGCGUGGCCUGGGACUCCAAGCGCGCGUUCUCUCUCCUCUUCGCCCUCUACCUGGCACUCUGCGCGUUACAGCGGCUACUCCUAAUCCCUGCUGCUUCCGUGCUGUACAAGGCCCAUGUUGCCGGCGUGGUGCCACCAUCGUUGCUGACAGACCCUGCGACAGUUCUGCUACUAUUGGUCGCUCACGGGGCGUCGGUCGCCCUGUCGGGACCGGUACUGUACUGUACCGCAACGCUGGACCGGCGGCGCGGUGCCGGUGCCGGCCUACUCCUAGUCCUGCUCGUGCUCGCAGCGCUCUCCGGAGCGCCGCUGGCGCACGACCUCGUGCGCGCAUAUGCGUCCAGCCGGGACUGCCUAAUGGCGGCGGCCGCAGCCGCCGUAACGGUGCAGUGGGUCGUCUGGUCGGCGGCGGCCAUGUUGCUGCUGGCGCCGAAAAAGGCGCCUCCGCCGACUUAUGGAUGCGAGAAGAAGCGCAUGGCUGCGGCAGCUCAGCGGCCCAGUGACGACGACUAUGCCACGCUGCUGGACGUGUGGCGUCCCGAGCCGGACGAGGCUGGUCCUUCGGUGCCCUGGAUUUCCCAUCAUCACCGCCACAGUCAAGAGGAGAGGUUGCUAGGACGUGCCACGGUCACCAGGCUCACCUCGUUCAAGAGCGAGCGCGACUCUUCGCUAUACUCUGACUUGUCCCGCGUCUCGUGACCUCCGAAGGGAUCCACACGGUAAUUUGCCGAGUCACGCUGUCCAUCCAGCUGCCCUUUGUGUCAGCAUGGACCGACUCAAGCACACAAUAUGAAUUGUGUAUUUUGGUGUGCUCUUCUUGAGGACAACUCCCACGCUAGUCUCCACCUUGUGGGUGCUCAGGAACAACAGCCAGUAAAAGAAAGUGGUCAUCCAUACUCUGACAAUCGGAAAUACGUGGGUGUGAGAAUUGCUUCUUUUACGUCAUCGUCAAAGUGUGGUUUGACAGUGUCUAUGUCCACCUUGACCUGCGUCUGCUUGCUGCAAUGAAAUUCAUCACUGCAUUCGCUUUUGAUGAUCGUGCUGAUGAAUAUUAUUCUGUGCUGAUGGAAGCAACCACUUCUUAGAAAGGGAGAUCUGACGAAUAUUAUUCGCUGCUGAUGGAAGCAACCACUUCUGAGAAAGCGAGGUCUGAUGAAUAUUAUUCGGUGCUGAUGGAAGCAACCACUUCUGAGAGAAGGAGAUGUAAACAGAAUACUAUGACAAGUGGUGCGUAAUUGAAGCGCCCACUUUGCUUUUCUUCCUUUCUCUUGUGACCAUUGCUAUCAUCACAUGUCUCUUAGUGUUGUAUUUAGUGAUAAAAACACAACGACCUAAAGCAGCAGCUCAUAGCAACAAAUCCGACCAUAUUAUAGCCUACUACAUAAUUUUAUGUGUUAUCGUUCAUCUUAAGAUCAAAAGAUGGCGCCACCAGUGCUGCCACACACUUUCAGGUAUAUUUCAAGUCGUCAGUAUACCUUAAUCUGUAUCUCUUAAUUCGUGAUUACGAAAUGCUUGGUACAGCCAAGUGUUUUUGUGACGAUAUUUUUUCAUAUGGUACGCUGUUCCUUCCACUACUCCUAGAGAAUAGCGAAUGAAGGAAUGCGAGCAUACAUGAAAACUUAAUUAAAUUUUGUGUAAAAUCUAAAAAAAAUUACUGAAAAAAUCUGGCGGGACUUUUUCUUCAGCAUUUGGUUUUGUACGU